AUGCCUUCGUCAGCAGAGAUAAACGCUGUCAACAAAGAUAAUUCUUCACCAAAUGAUCAACGUUCACAGAAACCUGAACCAAAACAGAAAAAGCUGCUUAGUACAUCAGAACAGGUACCUACCAGAAAAUGUUUCAGAUGUGGACUUACCUGGCCCCACAAAGAUCAACCAUCCCCUGCUGAAGGACAGCAAUGCAACAAUUGCAAAAAGUACAAUCACUUUGCACGUGUUUGAGGUCCACUCGACGAAAACAACCCAGCAACGAAGUCCGUAAGAUUGAACAGGCUCAACAAUAAAUAGAAAGUGAUGACUGCGAUGAAUAUGUGUACACACUCGAGACACCAGCUGACAAAGAGAACUUUCAGAAGACAUUAAGAGUUGGAAAUUCAGAGAUACAUUUUCAAAUUGACACUGGUUCAACUGCCAACAUUAUCAAUGAAACAUCCUAUAAACAUCUUGUUGAUGGAAACCCUACAAUAACCUAUGCCAAGUAAAAAAACCCGCCUUUUUGGUUUUGCUAGCUCUACACCCUUACAAGUCUUAGGACAAUUUCAAUGUACUGUUGAGUCAUCGCAUAAAAUAACGACUGCAAAAGUGUUUGUAGUGAAAAAUACAACUGGAUGUUUACUUAGUGGACAUACAGCAAUUGAAUUAGACCUCAUUCAUGUUAAAGCGAAUGGAGUUACAACACUCAACUCCAAAAAAAUACCAACUCGUCUCAAGCUUAAGAAUUUCAAGGUUCUUUUACACAUCGAUCCAAGUGUCAAACCUGUAGUGCAGCCCACUCGUCGCAUUCCCUUUGCCAUUCGAAACAGAGUUGAAGUCGAACUGAAACAUUCAGAAGACUCUGACAUUAUCGAGCCUACUGCAGGGCCUGCACAGUGGGUUAGCCCUAUUGUUGUCUUCCCAAAGCCUAACCAGCCUGAUAAAAUACGCUUGUGUGUUGAUAUGCGUAUGCGAAAUCAAGCAAAUGCCAAAUUGAUUCAUAUGUUGAAGAGUGCAUUAAAAAAUUCUCACCCUGCCAAUCAGUCACUCGACCAAAACUCCCUGCACCACUGAAAUUGAUUCAGAUGCCAAAGCAUCCAUGGGACACAGUUUAUGUAGAUUUUCUCGGCCCAUUUCCAGGUGGAGAAUUACUUCUUGUGACUAACGGAUUUUUUCAACACAUGGUUUACCAAAGAAAAUUAUCACCGACAACGGCCCACCUUUUAUAAGCUAUGAGAUUCAGAAGUUUAUGAAUGAUAAUAAGAUCCAUCGUCAUAAGAUAACACCACUCUGGCCUCAAGGCAAUGCGGAGGCUGAGAACUUCAUGAAACCUUUGAAGAAAUGUAUCCAAGCUGCUCAUGUUGAUCAUAAAAACUGGGGCAAAGAAAUGUAUCAAUUCUUAUUAAACUAA